UUAUACCAAUACACAAUGUAUCCAAACAAGCAGGGGAAUCAGUGUUCAAAUAACAGUCUCGCGUAAUGGACGUCAAAAUGGCCGCCACCAUGGGUAAAACUAUAAAAGAUAAAAUAUCCUCCUACAUUGACGUACCAAUUCUGACGAGGUGCUGCUUUUGUUUCCCGCUUAGAAAAGGACUUAUAACUUUUGCUUACGGAUAUUUGAUUCUAUCGCUAGUGGUGACAUCUGUUCUCUCUAUAUACAUAUCAUACAUCAGAAACUCCCAGAAGGAUAUUGAGGAUAUCUCCGAGUUACCAAAUCUGAUCGUAGACAUCACAGAACUUGUACUAGAGUUUGUCUUGACAAUAGUGCUCAUUGUCGCCUUGCAUAUGAAACAUCUGAUGUUAAUGAAAUUGUACCUGUACUUCCAAAUCGCGUUAUCAAUCAUCGGGUUCAUAUACAGCCUCGCCGUCCUCAUCAAGGAAACCGGUGACGAACUGUUUCUGAUACUCUUCGAAUUAAUGAUCAACGUGUAUGUGAUUUUAUUAAUCUGGAGUAUGAUCGUGAAAACGCAAAGAGAUGACACCGUCACGUACACGAGAGAAGCCUAGAUACGCAAAAGUAGUGAAAAUAAAAUUUUGAAAGAAAUAAACACAAUACUAUUUUAUUGGAACGGAAACGGCUUCGGGUUUAUUUAAUCUGCCAUGAUCAGGUUACCAAGAAGUUUACAUAUAUGGAAAUUGAUUUUAAAUUAGAUUAUAAAGGAGGUGAUAUUAAAGACUUAAAUACAAUGUCGGUUAAACGAAUAUUUAAUGUUAAUGAUGAAAAAAUAUAUAUAUAUAUAUGUAUAUAUAAUAUGCUCUUUUAUGUGCCAAAUAUUGUGAAAAUAUGAAUUAGCAGACCAACAACAUUUCGUUGGUUUGUUCAAAAUGUCAUUUGUUUAUAUAUACAUAUAUAUUAAUGUGAUUACAACAAUAAUUAUUUUAUCCAACGUAUUUCUUCUAAGAUUUAAUUUAUCUUAAAAUAUAUACAGUACAAAUGUAAAAAAAAAACUUUCAUAUACUGAAUCAAGAGACAUAUUUUUAUAUUAAGAAUUCAUAUUUUAUAUCUGAGAUAAUAUUAUAUUUUUAUAGUGCUUUAAAGAAAUCAAAUUAUGUAAUAGAUUAGAAAAACAUAUUUGAUUGUAUAAUGAGAUUAAUUUUAAGAAAAUUUUAUAGUGUAAAAAUAAAAAAAAACAAAUUAUAAGAAAA